AUGUCAAACGACCCACUAUCUGAUGAAAUAGCUCCGGAUGUGAUACUUCCGAGAGAUAAUCACCUUCGAAAAGGAGACCAACUAAAAUGCAUGGACACGGUUAUUGCAUUGCACGAUUUUCAGGGGUCAAGGGAGUCGCACUUGUCGUUAACCUUGGGGGAUACCGCCUACGUUUUAGCCAAAUCUGUCACUGGUUGGUGGGAUGGCGUAAUUUUUCAAAAUGAUGGCGAGGCUCACCGAGGUUGGUUUCCAAAUACCUAUGUCAGAUCGGUGAAUUAUGUUCAACCGGUGCUCAAAAAGAUGAAGGACAAUAAGGAAUUGGAUUCGAUAACCGCAGCCAACACUGCAGCAAACGUCUUGAUCCCUUCAUUCACUAGUCUUUUGCAGAAAAAUCUCAUUGACUCCGAAAAGAAUUCCUCAUCAAGUGCUACUCGGAAAAAUUCAGUUGUCAGCUUUGCAAGUUCAGAAACGAGUAUUCCUUCCGAUUCGAAAAAUACCCUGCAGCAACCACAAGGAACUAAUAAUGCAAACUCAGGUAGCUCCCCACAGCGUUCAUCAAUUAGUCAAAGUAUGAGUCAGGAAACUCAAACUUCACAAAGCGAUCUGAGCUCGCUCCUGAAACGCCAUCUGUCGUCUGCAACUAAUAUAGAAGAAUUGAGGCUUACAAGUUUAGCGGAAGCAGAGUACUUGGCAGAAGAAUACAGCUCCAGGAAUAAUAAAACUGUGACUUGGCUACCUAGACCCACUACAACGGGGGAUUUUGUCUUUUAUUGUCAGCAAUUGAAUAUCUAUUGCGAAUCGUUGCCGUUGCUAUCUUUUGACCCGUUAGGUUUUCCUCCAAAUUUGGAGUUUCCAGACGCAGCAAACAUUGAAAAUAACACUGCUGUGAAUCUAAAUUUAAUUGGUGCUCGAAAGACGGGCCAUUUACAAGUGCUAAGAGAAAACUCCACCACUCCAUCUUUUGACUCAGCAAAGAGAGACUCAAAUUCUUCCUUGAGCACUCAGAGCACUAAUGCGUCGUAUCAUAAUUUUAGCAAGCCAUUUUUUGCCAUGGAAGGGUUGUUUUACAAACAUGGAUCUGAUGUGACUAAAUGGUCCAUAUUGAAACAGGAAGUGGACUCCUCACUUGAUUUACUAAUGAAAUCACUCCUCAAGCCAAAGAGGGCAAUGUUUGACACUCACUAUCAGAGGUUGAAUAAAUUGAUUGCCAUCAUAUGUGCAUCUUCAAGACUUGAUCUGGAUGAUUACGUCAAUGGUGAGUUUGAAAACAUUCUCAGGCUGACGCUAAAGGCAAUUUGCCAUACCAUGACUAGCAUGUACUUGGAUGGUCUAUUGCAUUUAGCCGAAACUGAAAAUGAAGAGGAUUUACGAGGCGUGGUACAUCUCCAUUCAGCUACCCCAAAAACAGAUGAGUACAAGAUGUACGAAAGUCAGCAGUCAACAUCAUCGGUGACCAUGGAUUCUAAAGUUCCCACCGGGCAUGGUGCAAAAGUGAACUCGACGUUUGAGCGAUUAGAGAAUGAAGUGGGUCUCUUAAGAAAAUACACAAAUUAUUUCAUUGACAUAUUUAUGAAAUUGACAAUGGAUAAAACUGUACAAUCUAGGGACUACGAUUCCUCCGAUGUAUCUGACGGAGAAGGCGAAGAAAGAACAGAUGUUUUACCUCAGACUUAUCCAAGAUUCCUUUUGGGAGAAUUUAAUGGGGGUAAUUGGUGUAAUCCGUUUUUUGCGCCCAAGAAUAACUUUUUGAAUGCUAGCGGAAAUGAGCUCAAAAACAAACACCAUACUAAAGUGUUACUUGAUCAUCAAGUGUUGGAGUCAGUGUCUCUUUACCUGGCCGAAAUGAUUAAACUCAGCGAAGAAGCUUACAAUAUACUUGUAACAUCACCAUCGUCAAUGGGUAGAGGAGGCUCUAUCGAGGAGAGAAACUCGCAAGUUUUGCGACUAAUUUACAAAUUCCUUCAUCAAUCAAGUUCUUUGAUUGACCUUAUGGAAUCCUUUGAUUUCACUGUUUUCUGCUUGGUCAAAACAAACGAAUUCAGAGAAGGCAAAGAGCUCACAAAGAUCAGCAAGUCGUUUAAUGCAUUGUCUUUGGAAGGAAAUCACCAUAGCACUGACCUCAAUUUAAUGUUUGAUUAUCCCAUUGUGUUGGACUUUUUCCAGUUCAAACAGGAGUUUCACAUAUUGGUUCUGCAUAUCAUUAUGGCUACUCAAGCAUUGGCGAUUAACAAGGUUGGACCUUUGUACAAAGACUUGGAUAAUGAAGACCCUUUAUUCUACGAUAAGAAUAUUUUGAAAAAUGACAAUGAGAAAACAGCUAUGCUAUUGUCAACUGUCCUUCUUACCCGAAUAGAAAAAACUGACAGUGAUGAGGACAUUGAUUCCGAGCAAGUAUUGGCUGGACUUUUGCAAGAUAGUAUUGGUGCAUGUACUAGUGUUGUUGAGAUAUCGCAAAAGUUGAUUGAAGAAAGGGAGACGAUAUUGAACUAUGCCACUCGAGUCAUGCACAAUGAGUUUGAUGUACAGUUGUUGCUAAUGGAGAGAAACAAUACAUUGUCUUCUGAGAAGCAGGAGGAACACUCUUAUUACAGUGGUAGCCAAGUCAAUGCGAAGGAUGUCCCUUGGUACCUCCAUGGUGACCACGAAAGUGAUUUGCUAUUGGACGUUAAAGGAAACAUCAAGGGGGGCACCAAGGAGGCCCUAGUAGCCCAUUUGACACACCACGAUAUGUUUGACAGUCAAUUCAACACGGCCUUUUUGUUGACUUUUGCCACCAUGAUGCCGUUGGGCGAGUUGAUUAGACUUUUGAUUGACCGAUUUGAUAUUGACCCUCCAGAAGGCUUGGGGUUUGAAGAGUAUAACAACUGGAUUGUGCGCAAGCAAAAUCCAAUUCGACUUCGUGUGAUGAAUAUUAUGAAAUUGUUGAUUGAGAAGAACUGGUCGCCGUCGUAUUUCAACGAGUCAGCGGUCAAGAGAUGGUUAAGCUUUUCUGAAUCUGAGGCAGUUCAAUCCUUUUCCAUUGGGCGGUUGUUAUCAAAUGAACUAAAGAACCUUUUAGCGGGAAAGAUAUAUACUGUUGAAAGAAGUCCUGUGGUACCUAAUACGAAGCCACCAGCGCCGUUGACAAAGGCUUCAACGUUUGUGAAAAAGACGAAAUUACUAGACAUUGAUUAUGUUGAGCUUGCAAGACAAUUAACCUUGAGGGAGUUUAGAAUGUAUUGUGACAUAUCCAAGUUUUCUUGUUUGGCCAAAGUAUGGGGUAAGAAAUCAGGGUUGAAUGAGAGUAUUGAGAGCAUUACCAAAUUUAUAAGGUAUUCGAAUCAAUUGACAAACUUUGUUGCCUAUAUGAUUUUGAGGAAAUCCGAUGCCAAGAAACGAGUGCAAAUAAUUCGUUAUUUUAUUCAAGUGGCAGAAAAGUGUCGUCAGUACAAUAAUUUCUCAUCGAUGACGGCCAUCAUUUCGGCACUUUACUCAUCACCAAUUCACCGAUUGAAAAAGACUUGGAAUUUUGCUAGUCCUGAUUCAUUGACGUUGCUUAAAAACAUGAACAAAUUGAUGAAUUCAAGUCGUAAUUUUAAUGAGUAUCGUGAUGUUUUGAAAUUUAUUGGAUCAGAACCGUGUGUUCCAUUCUUUGGAGUGUUUUUAUCCGAUUUGACAUUUGUAUUUCAUGGUAAUCCCGAUUUCUUGCUUAAUCGAACAAGAAUGAUUAAUUUUGCCAAGAGAACAAAGACGUGUGAUAUUGUUUCUGGGAUUGAUAGAUUUAAGAAUGCUGGUUACAAUUUUCUUGAAGUGAGUGAGGUUCAAAAGUAUCUUGAUACGUGGUUUGAGAAAUGUCCUUCAAUUGAGGAGCAGUAUCAGUUGUCGUUGGCGUUGGAGAAGAAGAACUAG